AUGUCCGGUCCCCGGGACAACUUUUCCAAACAUGCCCAGGCCUUCAAGGGAAGGCAACCCUCCGAAACGGCUAUGAUAGUUUUGAGUAAGAUGGAAUCCAUUAUCAACCAGUCUUGGCGCGAUCUCCGAGCGCAAUACCAUUCUCUCUUCGUGCAUAUAGCAAGGAUGAGGUACAAGGAACAUGAACUCUUCAGCUUCCUUCACGCCGUCAAGCAACAUGAAAAUGAGCUUUUCAAAUGGACCCCAGAGAUGAGGAUCUUUGCACAAGAUGUCGCUUUUUAUUUCUUGGAUUUGAACGACCUUGAGAAGCAGAUCACGGAAAUUCCAGGGCCGUUCAAGCAAGGUUUAGUCCAGCUUUUGUUCCUGUUGCGAGCGACUUGA